GGAGAGAAGGAUAAAGAAAGAGGGAAAGAAAAUAGAAAGAAUGAGAGAAAGAGAGAGAGAGAGAGAGCGAGAGAGAGAGAGACAUGUACACAGUCACAAUUAGGACAGUGGUCACUUAAAAUUCAGCCUGGCUCGUGUCCAGUGUUUUAGGCUACUUUAUAUUCACGCUGUAUAGUGACCCAGCUGAAAUCAGGGGUCCACUGUUGAUCUCAUGUGGAUUGAUCACAUGUCCAGUUUCAAUGGAACGGAAAAAACAACUGUAUUUCUAUUACGGACGGCGGGAGGAGGAGGAGGACGAGGAGGAGGACGAGUGCCUUCACACCUUCACACCUUUAAUAAUCUCCCUCUGUUUCUCACAUCUGACCUUAUUGUGGUGGAACAUUAACCAGCUGGAGAGGCUGCAGCAGCACCAUAAAGUAUUUACAGGUUUCAUCAAAUAUUCAGUAACUUUAUUAGCUCCUCGUGGACAGAUAUGAAAGUUACAGUCAGCAAACAACUAAACAGAAGACAAAGCAAUCGACUAUAUUAGAAAAAUUACGAGGGAGCGACCUCAGCUUUUAGGUGCUGCUGCUAAACCAAACCUUCAGCUCAGGCUGCCUGGUAGCAUCGGUAGCACCUGUGCUAACACACAAAAAAGUUUAGACGUUUAGAAAAACGCAGAAAAUUACAUUUGGAACUUUUUACUAUCGGCUUUACAAGAUGUUCAAUGUAAACAUUUGAGAACGGAUAAGAUACGAAUGCUGGCCAGUGUUGUCCCUUGGAGUGACAGAGGAAGUGGCGUUUACAGGUGGCUCUGAUUGGCUCAGAACUGUGUCGAUCUUUAUUUUGCAAAUGAACAAGAAUUACUGGUCUUCCUGCUGUGACGGCAAAACAGAUAACUCUAGAGACAGAACCCUCCAUUAGCACAGACCAGACGACAGUGGGAGAGUGAAAUCCUUUUCCUCUGUUACGGUCAAACUUAGCCAUGGAGCUAUCUCUCAUCUCACUAUACUUCACCAUCUUACUGCUGUCUGCUGAAGACUCAAAUGCACAGACUACGAACAACUGUGGGGUUGCCCCUCUGAACACCCGUGUUGUAGGAGGUGCUGAUGCUCCAGUGGGGAACUGGCCCUGGCAGGUCAGCAUCCACUACUCAGGCAGACACAUCUGUGGAGGAACGCUCAUCCACCAAGACUGGGUCCUCACCGCCGCUCACUGCAUUUUAUCCACAGAUACGAGCAAGUGGACGCUGUACCUGGGAAGGCAGCAUCAGAGCGGAUCAAACCCCAAUGAAGUGAGCUGGAGCAUCCAGGCCAUUAUCAUCCACCCCAACUACAACAACACCCUGUACGACAACGAUGUCACUCUGAUGAGGCUGAGCGUGUCAGUCACCUUAACAGACUACAUCCGGCCCAUCUGCCUGGCGGCUAAUUCCAGCACCUUCUACAACGCCACCUCCUGUUGGGCCACAGGCUGGGGCAACAUCGGCAAGGGUGUUUCUUUACCGGCUCCUCAAACUCUUCAGGAGGUCGAGAUCCCAGUCAUGGGCAGCAGACAGUGUACGUGUGUGUACAAGCCAGUAGAGGACACUGUUAUCACAGCUCAGAUGGUUUGUGCUGGGACAAAUGGCAAAGGAAUUUGUCAGGGGGAUUCUGGAGGGCCGCUGCAGUGUAAGCAGGGUUCCGUUUGGGUCCAGGCGGGUAUAACCAGUUUCGGAGUUCCCUGUGCAGUAGGAUUUCCAGAGGUUUUUGCCCGUGUGUCCGAGUUCCAAACCUGGAUCACACAGAACACCGCCGGAUCCAGCGUCGGCUUUGUGACCUUCUCGUCCACCGGCACCGACACAGACAGCAGCUAUGUUUGCCCUAAUACUACAGCGAGCUCAGCCGCUGCCACGCCCAAGGCCUCCUUGUUCUCCAGCCUCCUUGUCCUCCUCUCCAGCCUCAUUCCAUCUGCAUUUCUCACACUCACCUUCUCAGGGGUCCACUGACCCAUUUCUGCUCUUCUCAGCGUGGUCAGACAUGACCAAUAGUGAUAUCACUUAGCCUAGUUAGCACCACUGUUAGCUUGUCUGGUUAAAGGGCCCAUGUUCUACACGUUUCUUAUAUUUUUAUCCUUCCCUCUAAUGUCCUCUCAUAACAUUUGUUUGGUUUUUAUGAACCAAAAAACAGUUGCAAUUUAUUUUACAUGAUCUUUUCCCAACCGUUCUUUAUCCCUUAGAAUUAGACAGACUUACUGUAACUUUAAGACUCAGAUAGGUAAAUGACAUUUGUUCUGAUUGGCAGCCCUGUAUUGUGCUUCACUGUAAAAGCAGUCUGGCCUGAAACUCUCCUUAUAAUUUCAACUUGAAUGAAGGGAUUUACACCGAUCAGGUAUAACAUUAUGACCUCCUAGU